GCAUUUAAGAACGUAGACAUGCUCGAAGAAGAGGACAAAUACCAUAUUCGGCGAGAAACUGCCCACAAGUAUAGUCAAACUUGGCGCCUGUACUACAUGGUCAUUAUGUCUUCCCUCGCUGCAGCUGUCCAAGGAAUGGACGAGUCUGUCAUUAAUGGUGCUCAGAUACUUUACCCACAACAGUUUGGUAUUGGUAGUAACAGUCAACACGACUCAUGGCUCGUUGGCCUUGUUAACUCGGCGCCUUACUUGUGCUGUGCCCUCAUCAGCUGUUGGCUAACGGAUCCAUUAAACAAGGCGCUUGGACGCAAACGAACCAUCUUCUUCACCUGCGCAAUAAGUUUCGUUACUUCAACUUACUUGCAUAUGGAGUGCGGUCACCAACUUGAAUACAUGGUGGCACCUUUUCAUUGCGCGAUUUGUGCUUGGCUUUGGCAUUGGUCCAAAGGUAAUUUAUUCCCUUGA